UAAAUGUCUCCUAAUUUGACUGUCGUUGCUUAUAUAAUGCUUUUACUUUUAAAAUGUUCUUAUAAAAUAACAAUGUUUGACACAGUUGAUUAACUGUAUGUCUCUUACAAAGGAAAACAAUCUGGUAAAAGCCAAAGUUAAUGAGACCGGAAGUAGUUUUUAGUUAAUUUACACAGAUAACGUGAUACUUCCGGUAAAAUGGCGGGCUAAACAAACGCAAAGUCUACUCGAUAUCUAAUCGAAUAGUUUUAAAGAAGUAUUAUUUACAAGAAACAAAAUGACAGAAACUGCACUGUGAUUUGUACAGCUCUGUUAUCUUUCAGGGACUGAACAUAUCGCAUUUACCUCCAAGAUGCAUGGUACCUUGAGGUGGAAUAUCUCUGCCUACUAAAAUUAGCCGGCGAACAGAGCUAACUUACCUAUCGCUAGCAAGAUUGUGUAGCCAGGAUAUCUAGUUAGCUCAAAGUGACUAGCUAUCUUGUUAAAACUUGCGAGGUAAGGCUGACACAACAGAAUGGCAGCCAAGACGAUUUUGGCAUGGGAUGUCAGAAACGUCUAAAGCCGCCUAAUGGGAAUCCAUCUUGUAAGAACUUGGAAGUUAUAGGUCGCUGAUCGGAUUUCGUGGUCAGUAACUGUUCAAGCUAGCUAUCAGGUGUUCUCGUCUUGGCCGUUUGUGUCGUAGUGAUCAGGCAAGGAUAUUGACUUCAUGGCUUGCAGUUCUGAGUCGAGUGGGAAAUUGUCCUCGGAUGUGAGUACAUCAGCAAUGAUGGCACCUUCCCCUGCGACCGUAGAUCAGACCAUGACACCGGUGUUGUUUGAGAUCUUUGGAGAAAUGUGGAAUGUGCAGGCCCGGCUCGGUCAGGGUGUCUCGGCCUCUGUUUAUGGUGUGAGCUCUGGCCGAUCCAGCACAGCGGCCGUCAAGGAGUUCCAGGCGGACGCACAGGGCGGGGAUUACGGGUACCACAAAGAAAGAUCCGUGCUUGAAGACAUCCAGGGACAUAAGAAUAUAGUGACCCUGUAUGGGGUGUUCACCAAUCACAGUGCGGUUGGCGUGGCAACGCGCUGCCUGCUGCUGGAGCUGCUGGAUGUGAACGUGUCCGAUCUGCUGGUGCGCGCCUCCAACCAGGGCCACUCCAUGUGGAUGAUCCAGCACUGUGCCCGGGAUGUGCUGGAGGCCUUGGCCUUCCUCCACCGCGAAGGCUACGUGCACGCCGACCUGAAGCCCCGCAACGUGCUGUGGAGCGCCGAGGACGAGUGCUUCAAACUCAUCGACUUCGGUCUUAGCUACAAAGAGGGACAUCAGGACGUGAAGUACGUCCAGACCGAUGGGUACCGGGCUCCCGAGGCAGAGCUGCAGAACUCCCUGGCCCAGGCGGGGCUGGAGGUGGACAGUGGCUGCACUGCCGCCAUUGACCUGUGGAGCCUGGGGAUCAUCCUCCUGGAGCUGUACUCCGGCAUCAAGCUGAAGGAGACCGUCCGAUCUCAGGAAUGGAAGGAGAACAACGCCGCGAUAGUCGAUCAUAUCUUCACCCGUAACAGUAUGGCCUGCCCCGCCAUCCCGGUGUAUCACCUCAGAGACCUUAUUAAGAGCAUGCUCCGCGUUGACCCCAAACUCCGAAGCACCGCAGACGCUGCCCUCAUCAGCCCCUUCUUCAGCAUUCCCUUCGCUCCUCACAUCGAGGAUUUGGUUCUGCUGCCCACUCCCGUCCUGAGGCUGCUCAAUGUGAUUGAUGACAGUCACCUGUACAACGAGGAUGAGUAUGAAGACAUCGUAGAAGACAUGAAAGAGGAAUGCCAGAAGUACGGGUCUGUUGUCUCACUGUUAAUCCCGAAAGAAAACCCAGGCAAAGGCCAGGUGUUUGUCGAAUAUGCAAAUGCUGGAGACUCCAAAGAAGCCCAGAGGCUGCUGACCGGGAGGACGUUCGACGGCAAGUUCGUGGUGGCCACUUUCUACCCUCUGAGUGCCUACAAGAGAGGCUACCUGUACCAGACCGUGCAGUAAGGUCGCAGACACAAUCUCUCCCCUGGAUAAGCAUAAUCACAUGGCCUUCACCCAUACCAUCUCAGCUGGGCCAAUGGCCUCCCCAUCACUACUCAAAGGCUGAUUUCACCGGGGAGGGUCUAAACAUUCUGCGCUGUCCCACAAUGUGAAGUGAAACAACAGUGGCUUAUAAUUCUAUGUGUAGCUACCGUGGAUCUGUGGUUCUGAAAUUGGCAUACUCAUCGUUAACAUGGAUGUGGUGUACAGACAUCAUGGUUUACAAGAAAUACUUACUCCAAAUAUCAACCCACUUUUGCGUGUAGAGAAAAUAUAAAAAAGGCUUUGUUUUGGUUGUAUAUAGACCAUGCAUUCAGGUUGAAAUAGCUUGCUUCGAUGAUUUCUGGUUAAAAACCACUAAAUAUGUUUUGUCUUUACACUGUAUGGCCCAAAAAUAUGUAGGCUUGUGUUGCCUAUGCUUUAUUCAAUUUAUUGGCCAGGUGUUCAGGAUGUGAAUCUAAGUGAAGCAGGGGCCUACUUUGCACUGUGUUGUGUCAGUGGCAUGGGCUCUCUGGCGAUGAAGCCUACAUGUGAUGAGAGCCAAUGGACAAAAUCCCACUGCUAUUCUAUUCCGUACCAAGAGCACAAACUCUUAUCAUCCCAGCCUUUGGUAAACACAGUGAUGUCAGGCGAAAGUAAUGGUUGGUCGGGUUAGGUCAUCAUUGUUCAGGAAAGUGUGUCAAAUUAUGAGGGAGGCUCAUUUCUAUUCAAAAGCAACAAUCGACACACGUAGAAAUCCAAACUCGAAAUAUUUUGUUACCAAAUAAUUCCCCUCAAAUAAUUCCAAAGGUACCAUUUCAAAACGGACCAAAAUGGAAUAAUAAUUUUUUCCCCCAAAGUGCUUUCUGUUACAAACUCAAACUAUACCAUUAUUGUUACUUUGUGGUACAUAAUCGUCUUCUUUUUUUACAUCUUAUGAACCCAAUGUAUUCCUUUCAAAUGUAUUCCAAAAAAAGAGGGGUACUCAAUUUCUCUUGUCAGCCAUCAUUUCAUUAUUGCUCAGCUCUUUGAGAUGACUCCGUGAAAUGUUACCUCAGUGUUUAAUAUUCCUGAUCGUCGUCAGAGCAUUUGCAUGUAAACCAUGAUUAUGUGUUCUUUCUGAAUCAAAUAAUCAGUAAGGAUGCAAUUAUGUUACACUAUCACUGGUGAAUACAAAGGGCUUGGUAGUCUUUUGCAGCAUUAGGGUGAAGGUCAGAACGCUUGGCUUAGAUACCAUAGUUGUCACUUCCGAUGACUAACUGCUUUCCGUUGUGUUCCAACAUUUUCAGGGUUGUUGAUUUCGUGUCCAAAAGUAUGCACUGAAGUGCUAUUAGGUAGUGACCACGUGUUGUGUGCGUUUACACUGUUCGACAGGCUGCAUGACGCUACCCCCCUCAUGCCCCUUGCUGCCCUUGAUUUGAGUGAACACAGAGCUUUGUUGAAAUGGUGUGUGUGUGUGUGUGUGUGUGUUUUACAAAUGUGUUGCUCAGUCUAAACCACGUAGGCCUCUACACGUAGCAGUUAUGACGUACCGUAUGUUGAUUUCGAUGCCUUCUGGUGACACUAGGCCUGUGAUGAACAUAAACAAUGUGUAGCCAUAGCGAUGGGUGAUAUGGGGGGGGGGGGGAUAUCUCUCUCUCUCUCUCUCUCUCUCUCUCUCUCUCUCUCUCUCUCUCUCUCUCUCUCUCUCGCUCUCGAUUUACUCACGUUCUGCACUGACUCUAGUGGCCACUCUGCCGCUGGAGAGCCCUUAGCUUGUUCUGCGUGUGUUCUGGUGUGUUAAUGGUGUGUGGCGUACUAAUGAUAUGCAAAGGUAGCGGAUCUCUAAUUAUCCAUUACUGGAGAACAAACUGAACAAUGGUGUUAAAUCGAAUUGUUUGCUGGAGGAGCUAAUGAUCAGAGCACAUCCCCGUAAGCAAACGAAUUAGUGCUCGUUGCGUAAGGGUCUACCGUAUAAUUUAGCUGUUUUCAUCUGUGGAAUAUUUGGUUUAGCCCAGGGUACUUUAUGAACAUCUACUUUAGCUACACAACCAGUGUACAUAGACAGACUGGUUGACGUACCGCGCCAUUGUGAGUUGUGAUACAGGAUAGACCUGGGUCAAGUGUAGUAUUAAGAGUCAGUAUUUUCAUUGUUUGAAGUAUAUAUGAAAAUGUGUUUCAGUACUUGUAUGAGACCAUAUAACCUAACUGUGUAGGUGUGGGAAUGUCAGAUUUGCAGUGUUGCCUAGUGAGUGUUCAUGUUGGAUGGUUGUUAGGUGUAAUGACUAAUCAACUGACCUGCCUUUAAUUUUCCGAUUUUCCACCGUGGGACAUUUCCUGGUACAGUAUGCACAGUUGUAGAACAGAGGAAGUUCACAAACUUCAGAAUAAAACACUAUUGUCCUGACGUUAUUGUUUAGCAAAGCUGCCACACACACUCAGAAACCGAGAGUGAUGGAUUUCUGUUUCAAAGUAAUUGUUUCAAAGGAGUGCAGCUUGUUGACCCUUAGAAGAAGUGUUCACUCAAAGUGAUAUGUCCUUUUGGAGAACAGUCCCCUGGACGCCCAUAGAAAAGAAAAGUGAUACCUACCUGUCACUACCCUGUAUUUACCUGCUUUAAAGUUACUUUGAAAUUCCGGGGAAGAGAAGCAUCAAAGCACCACACAAGGAAGUAUAGAUUGUGUUAUUUCACAAAGGAGUUCGCUUUGCUCUCUAGUUCCCCUGCUUUGAUCUUGCAGAAAAUGCUAAACAUAAACUCACACUGACAGCUCUCGCUGCAGAAUCAACAAACAAUCAGGGAUUUCAGUUGGGCUUUGUUUACAUCCCUUCUUUAUUACUGCACUGACUUUCUUCAGGGGAAACUCGACUUUGAAUGGAGGCUGGAGUGGUGGGGGUGAGCACCUUCUGAACAAGUGGCAUCCCUCAUUCUCAUUAACUAUUCCUUGUUCCUUGUUCGGUGGACUUUUAGCCGGAACGAGCGAUGCAAAAAACCCCGGCAUGUACGAGGAACUACGAGGGCAGGGCAAAGUGUGCUUAUGUGGGAAGAAUGCAGUAGUGUUUACACCGGAGCCGUAGAACUGGUUCCUCUGUGUUCUGUUCUGCUAUGCGGUGGGGCAGAGCUGGUUCUCCCAGUGCUGCCCUACAGGCAGGCAGGCAGGCAGGCAGGCAGGGCAGGUGUAUCCACACUGAAUACAAUUAGAAAGGAAUGAAUGGGGGGAAAUGAAAGGCACGGCAUGUGGCUCUACACAAUGAAGGGUGCGUCCCUACUUGGAAUGAGAGGUAUGUGUGUAAGGCCCAAGCCCAAUGUCCAGAUCCACGGACUUUGAGGCGCGUUGUCACUAAAUCCGUGAGUGCUUAGGGCUGGCCCACUGUCAAAUUGUCAAGUGCACAAGGGCUCUCUCGCAGUCAUUUUGAGCCCUUUAUACACGUUCAUAGCAUUGCGAUAUGAAAAGAUAAAAUGGGAACUAAAUUGACAACAAUUUAAGAUAUACAUAUGAUGUAUUACACUCCUAGUUUAUUUAUCAACCAUUUCUUUUCAUUUUUGCUUAAUGAUGCUGUUUUGACAAAAAAAGAGUAAUUGAUUAUUUGACAAUUACCUCUCGUCCACCCUGUAAGGCAAGAGCCUGCAACACGUUCAUGGCCAUGAAGAAUGUCAAAAUGUAAAAUAAAGUGUCACAAAACCACGUUUCGGCGUCCUCAAGGUAAUGUGAUGCAGCGUGCCACUCCAUUCCUAUUCAUACCAUUACCCUUGCAGCCCGCCACACUCCAUCAUCCACACACCAGCUGACAUCAAUUAAGUCUGUGAGGGUUCAGGUCUUAGGGCUUAGGGGGACAUUGGGAUUGGGCCUAAGUGUGUAUGAAGGAGAGCCAAGACCUCUUUUUGCAAUCAGGACACACCUUUGCUUGGACAAUUGCGCCCCCUGUAGGCCAUGCUAUGUGCAGGUCCAUUGGGCAACCGUCCAGAUGUUCCUCUUCUGAGUCGACUAAUCCCGUGAAGUGGCUUAAAAAUGGUCCACUUGAGCAAACUGUGAAUUGGAAUAGAAAUAUUCACCAUACCCGUCAACUGCUAAUAAAAAUAGGCAACAACCACUGUUAACACUGCACAUUUCUGCAGUUCUCUGCUUCCAGCCCACACAAAGCAAUACACCGGAUGGAACGUUUUAAAUCGAUUCCUCUCAAUUCCUCUCUGCUCAGUAUGUUUUCUGCUUUGCCCGGAGGCAUGUCUGAUGUCUUCCUUUAGCCAUGUUUUCCCUCAAGGUUGAAGAAGCACAAAACUCUGCUUUUAGUGCUCCACAGCACUGAGGCCCCAGCGAUCUCAGCCCUGCUUAGUGCCCUGGGCUAGCUGGUAGUGGUGGUCUCAUUCUUUCUUAGCUCUCUCUCUCUCUCUCUCUCUGUCUCUCGCUCUCCCUGGGCUGUGUUUAUUCAGCAGUGCUCUAUGGAAUCUCCUUGAUGAUAAACCCACUGCCUUCACACAGUACCAAGAUCUGAAUUGGACUGUGUCCCAAACUAAGCUGCCCUCACUAACCUCUCAGAUCUAGCCCUGAGGCUGUUGGCUCUGACCACCGCAGAUUGUUCCUCCCUUUCCCUUCUACCAGAUAUGGUAUUAUUUAUGGCAAGCCCUGGGUGAGUGUAGGUCCUGGAGCUAUUGUAUGAUAUGAAGCAGGCCUGUGACCUUUGGACGCGGGGCCCUUUGAAGUGUUGACUUGUUUCCCUCCAUUCUGAAUAUUAUCAGGGGGUGCCUAGCCUGUGCGUGUCCCACAGGAAAAAAAGUUGGGUGUGGACUCAACUGAACCCGCCUCUGCCGAUAUGCUGCUGGUCUGCAGACUUCACACGCUUUGGUCAGUGCUCAGACCAAGAGGCACUCGGUAUGUUUUAUCGCAAGAGAGUCUCUUUGAUAUCAUAAAACACACAUACGUACAGCUACGUUUUGAAAUAUAAGCACAUACACAUGUAAAACCACCAUUGCUGGAAAUUAUAGCACUGACUUGGCGAGAGUUUUAAAGUGUUAGGGAGACUGUCUGCUGUAUUAGCCAAACAUUAUUCUUUCCGGUGGAGAUUAUUAUCAGAAUGAGGUCUUGGCUGCGUUUGGAAGGACUGCAAAUAAACAGAAACUGGGGUAUGUCAGAGAGUCCUUAGAAACCCAAUGUCCCUUAUCUCUCCUGGCCUCUGUGGUCAGUCCUCAUAUCCACUCUCCCAUGCCUCCGGAUCUCAUCAGAAGUGCCCUCCGAAGCCUCAUGUCGCGCACACGUCCAGGAGCUGGAUCCUGUCUGAAUACCAAACCCUGCGAAACGGACUGGAUGAAAAAGGAAGAACAUCCUCAUGAAUAAAACUGGGGCGUAUAAUUUGUAUGAAAAUGAGAUGUCUGGCGUAGACCUUCGUCUCGACGGAAGGACUUCCAUGCCUAGUAAUGUGAACCGCGGGGCAGCUCCACAAUGAAUACUCACAGAUCUUAAAGAGAGGAACACCGCACUUAGCCCCAUCUUAAAAUACAGUUCCACAACCCUAACCAUAAUGGCUGUAGUAGUUCCUCAGUUCCUUCCCUCACCUGCUAAUGUAGGCUCCUUGUUCACACAGAGGAGCUGAUCCUGAGCAGUCAGACAGUGGAAUAGGUUUCUCCCUCUGGGGGGGGGGGGGGGGGUUUCUUCCCGCUCACCCAGGAAUCGACGGGGAGUUGGGUGUCAGCGGUGGUGGAGAGGCUCAUCUGAGAACUGGGACUUGAUUGCUGUAUGUGCCAGGUGAGAGUAGCUGUGGCUGUAGCAAUCAGACUGCGAGGGUUUCUUCUUGAGUGUGUGUGUGUGUGUGUGUGCCUGGGGGUGAUGAGAUGAUGUGCGUUUCAUGUGGAAUGGCUGCUGAUGGCUAGCUGCCAGCGUGUAAUGGAGGUGGUUUUGCAUUAGCGUGGCCCACGCCAUGUUGAGGGCUCUGAAAGCCACUCCAUCUCAUCCUAUUAGGUACCUUUCUUUCACUCCUCUCUCUCUCUCUCUCUUUUUUUGUUAUUCAUUUUUGUGUUGAGCUAAGAGCACAGACCAUCGCACUGAACCUAGGGGCAAUAUUCACAAGUGUCUGUUUCUGUGAAAUUCGUUUCAGCAAAAGACUAAUGUAUGGUCGCAAGUAUUGACAUGUGAUGCUUUUCUAAAAGUGAUGUUCCGCUGUUACAUAUAUAUCAAAGACAAUCACGAUUCUUCCCAUCGUCUUUUCUUUUUGACAAUAACGAAUCCCCGUUUUUGACAGUGCACUUAAAAAUGAUGAAAGGUGUUUUUAGAGGCAUGGCUUAUUUGUGGUUCCUGUGCUUGAGGAAAGCGAAAGAUAAAAGUAAAGUGAAAGAUGUGUGUUUGACGCAGAAUCUGUUUGUUCUUGCUCAGUCGAGUCCAAGACUCACGUCACCCUGCUUCACACUCAGUGCCCCUAGAAAGCCUCUUCCUACGAUAAACGAUAACGUGACUUCGUCUGGAUGGGAAUUAACUGAGGACAAAAAAUGCAUAUGUAAAAUGGGUAAAGCUGUUCAAUGGUAAACAAUGGAAUGUGGAAUGUGCAAACUUGAAUGUAAAGAUGAUCUCAAGGUUGGGUUGGAUGGAGAUACUUUUGGCACAUUGAGAGUGAGUUGAGCAAGUUGAGACGAUGAUCUUUCUCUUGAAUGAGUGUGGUGUUGGUUGCAUAUCGCACAAUAAACUAUCAACAUCUAA